GAGCGCGCCGCGUUCCCAGACGGACGCGAGUAACGCUUUCAAUAUCGGCUAUUAGCACAUAACCGUGUUAUUGCUGCGUUAUUUCGCUGUUAUUAAAUUCUCCGAUCUGCUAAUUAGUUCUUACAUAAGGUGUUUGUGUUUUUAUGCAUAGCAUUUGAUAAACGGUAGUGUCAGUGAAGUGCUAGUGCAGUGUUACGUGCUGACGAACUUAUUGUUAUGUGCUGUGGUAUAAUGUGAGUUAAGAUGCCGUCUGAAAGUGGAUCAGCGUGGUCGCCGCCAGCUUCUACCAGCGAGAGGAGAUUGAGCAACUCCUCAGAUGGCAGCGCUUGUAGCGGUUAUUCGAAAACUACCACAGACAGUGCGGACUUCCUGGCGACAAGGCCGCACACGGCUGCCGUCAUCCCGGGCAAGCCCGCCGCCAACCCGCUACAGUUUAUCCGGGUCGGCCCGGCUGACCUGGGCAGUAGGGCGAGGGAGCAGCUGCGCAGGGCCGAACUAGCCAAAAAGACUGAACCCGCCAAACUUGAGCGGCAAGAGGAUUGGCAAUCGAACCUGGACAACUGGAAGUCUUCGCGUCGGAAGCGCGUCGAGCACAUCAUUGAGCGGUGCGUGGAGGUGCGCCGGAUGGAGACCGAGACAGGUCAGCCCAGAGCCAAGUCCAAGACCUUCAACGAGAUGCUGGAAGAAAGGGCCGGUCGUAGACGGAAAAAUCAUCUGGCGUAUCUUGAUGAGGAUGGCCACGACCUCAGCGAUCUGGGCAUAGGAACCUCGAGCACCAAGAGCAGUCUCAGCGAAGAUUGCGACAAUCACAGCCUGGCGAGCGACGGUAUGGAUCUGGAUAAGAAUCAUUCAGAUGUCGAUAACAUGUCCAAUUGCGAUAACAAUCGCAAGCUAGGCUCCAGCGCCAACGAAUACGACACAUGCACGACCACGACGAUCAGCUCUCCGGAGCCCGAAGAGUACACGUAUGAGAGUGCCAUCGAGGGCUACAAGUCGAGGAUCAUAUCACAAACCAAUAGCAAUAUGGUUAAGACACUCGUCAUUAACUCCAAAGAGACGUCACCGGAAAAGAACAGCGAUCUAAACAGAAUAAGAACAAGCGUUAGCAACAAAAUCGAAGAAAAGGUCUCGUCCUUCCAACAAGAAAGGACUAACGACGCAAGAAAUUUCGUAAAGAAAGAUUUACCCAAGGUCGACAUACACAAAAGGAGGGAACAGUUUGAAAGAGAAAACUCGCAAGAACUACAAAUAAAUAAGCCCAAAAUUGCAGAUAUUAACAACAAAAAGUCAAUAAAGGAAAGGCUGUCGAGCUUAGAGAAGUUUACAGAAGAAACACACAUUCAAAAAUCUACAAGCGAUCUCACCAAAUUACCAACAGAGGUGAGACCUCUGAAAGAACGACUGUCUUCUUUAGAAAAAGUAAAGUCUGCUGAACCUGAAAAAGUAAAAAGGCUCUCGAACGGAGACCUUGGAAAUACUAGAUCCUUGAAAGAACGACUGAAUAGUCUAAAAUCGCAAACUUCAGAGGAAGAAGUCAAAUCAGUGAAAACAGAAGUUAAGGAUGUCUCCAUGAGCUUAAAAGAGCGUCUUUCCUGUUUGGAUGCAGCCAAAAAUAAAGAGAUUCCAAAAAUAUCAGUCGAUGAACAAAUUCACCGCAAUGAAAAGAUUUCGGAAACCAAAAACGUUGAAGAUUCAAAGGGAAAGCUAAUGGAAAACUCUUUGAAAUCAAGUCUCACUGGCAUCGAAAGUCAAAUGCAAAGCUUCUGCCGGUCUCUGGACAGCUUAGAUACAAAUGGCCAGUCAUCACCGAACUCUUUUGAAAGGGUUCAAAGCUUAGAAGACUUUGAUUGUGCUGAAAUGCAAAACAAUACGGUACCAAGUGAUAUUGAAACCGAAGAUAGCGGUAUUCACACUGCUAGAGAUUCGUGUGCCCCUGCUGAUGAUAUAGCAGAUUUAAGCCAAGUCGCCUCACCGAUCGGCGAACCUAUGAUCGAAGCUUCAGAAUACGAAUCAUCAAAUGAAGAUAGUGUACAGGUAGAGUUAAAAAUCGUAGAAGAGAAGAUACCUGAACAUUUCCAGCCAACCGUACAGGAAGCCAUUGUUGAAGAAGCUGAAGAUCAAGACAGCAAAGCUGAUGAUGAUAGCACAAGCAACUACACCCAAGCGGUGUCUCAACAACUUGAGAACUCAAGCGCUACUGAAGAAGUAUCUGAAUUGCACACAGACAAAGACGAUGAAGACACACUUAAAAGCUUGGAAAACCAAGAUACUAGUGUAAGUUUGAACGAAACAACCUCCACGUCGUCAGACGGAGACACUGUGGUAUUUGAGGGAAAAAUGACCAUACACCUAGACUUGAAUGAAAUCUGUAACGUGAACUCCGGUGCUGGGAAUUCUAACCAAACCACUAAUACAACUAACAGCAAAAGCAUGCCAAUGGUGAUAGACGCCUUGGAAUUAGCAUUCAAAGAAUUAGAUUCAGAAGACAGUGCCAAUAUGGAAGAAGACACGUCCAAUAAAACUGGCCUAGAUUUGAGUCUAAAUGAGAAGAUUUCAGUAACACCUCUGUAUGAGAACAUAGAUAUAUUCUAUCAGAAUACAGAUGAAGUUUCGUUCCCCCUGGAUAUGCCGAGUAGUGUGAUGGAACCGCCUAAAGAGAAACCGCCGCCGCCACCCACAGAGGAUGUCGACGGCGAUGAACUUUUAGGAAAUGGAAACUUCAAGCACACGAACUCGACGCGUCGAAUCAAGAAGGAAAUUCGCAACAAACGCACCAGCUUCUUAGGAAUCGAAGGUCAAGUGGACGACAGCUAUCUGGACGCUGACUUAUCCUUAGCGCCUCGACCUGACAUCACCUCUUUCCUUCAAGAAGAGACCAAAAUCGAGAAGUUGUUGUACAAGAAAACUCUUUCUCAUGACAUGGAUGCGAAGUUGAGAGAUAGUAGGGAUUCAGGUGUUGAUGUGGACAGGGGACCAUCAGCCGAAGCCUGGUAUAAGGGGCAGUCGUCUCCGGAGACCUCAAAUCCUCAUAGCAGACAGAAUAGUGAGCCCUACACUCACGUAACAAUAACAUCGGACGAAGAAGAAAUCAUCAAGAAACAAAACGGAGACUUCACGAACAACCUCAACACGAAACUGGCAGAGCUAAAAGAAACAUCACAGUCCGAUGACAGCCAAAUAGAAAAUCUGGACAAGAAACUACAGCAGCAACAGGCGCGUCACACUAACGACGAAUGGCGGGACGGGCAAUUUGAUGACGCUCACACAAAGGAAGUACUUCGAUUCGAAAGAGAACUACUGCAACUCGAACAAGAAGAGCUGAGCAGGCAAAGGGAGAAGCUGAUUCAAGAUCAAAAUCGAAUCAUUCAGAAAUCAGUACAAGAUGUAUCCGUACGCGUCCCGGAUAAGACUCCGUUACAGACGCGUUCCGGGAAACAUUCGCAGAACUAUCGCCAUUCAAUGCCCAACUUGCUACUGAAAGAAAACUACACUCCCAUCACUCCUGUGAUACAAGAGAGAUCUUACGUGGACGAGAAGAGGAAGCCGUUUGUGUCAGAAGAACAUAUACAAAGGCAUUUCGGGGUGGAGGAGAGCAGGAGAGUGCUUUACGAUGAGAGAGUGGAAGCGAGACGGCAGUCUCCUGCUGUGAGGGUCCCACAGCCAGUUCUACCGCCGAAACCCAAAAGCCGAGAGUCCAUAGAAAGAGAGAUCACUAUGAGAAGCAGUCGAGUGCCGUCCGCCGUGGAGUAUGUGAAUGUGGAACGUAACGCGGUACCCCUGAGAUCCAAGCAGCCUCCCCCGCCCGCCGCUGCCGCUCAGACCAACGGCACCUACCAUCCGAUGACUAGACACACUUUACAGGCUUUAAGCGCGGCUCCCACGCCCAAGCUCAUGUCCAACUGUGAAUGGAUGCAAGCUCGCACCAGGAAACCGUACAACUACAACCAGCACUGGCUCAUACAGGAAGCGGAACACCGCAGGAUAGAAGAACAAAGGAGUCGACUGCGGACUGCCCAGCGUCACUCGUACCACCAGGACGUGCCCAACACGCUCCACAACACGGCGCCACUGAGCAACAGCCAUCAGUUUCUGGCGCAGGAAGUGAAACGGACGCCCCGAGAGGAGAAGCUUCUCAGCGUCAGCGGGAAGAGGAAAUGUUCUCACUGCGGAGAGGAACUAGGUCGCGGAGCCGCCAUGAUCAUCGAGUCCCUGUCUCUGUGCUACCACGUGUGGUGCUUCCGCUGCGGAGUGUGCGGCGCCGCGCUGGGCGACGGGCGCGCCGGCACCGACGUGCGCGUGCGCGGCCGCCGCCUGCACUGCCCGCACUGCUACUCCGACGACGGCGGCGACAAGUACUCGCGCGUGUGACCGAGCACUGCUACUCCGACGACGGCGGCUUUUUGACCACAUUGGCUGACACUUUGACCUCAUGUCUCAAAGCGGCAGCCGCGCCUUUACGCUGCAGUAACCGCCUAAGAGUAGGUGAACCCUGAAAUUCGUGUACACACGUGGGAUUAAAAUUUUAAAAACGAUCUGAAUAUUUUUUAAUGAAAUGUGGCCUUUAGUGUUGCCUUACUCGGUUAAGCCAAGACCCACAAAAAUAAACACAUUUAGUGUAUUGAAAACUCAGCGAGCGGGUAACGUUCGCGCAAACAAAUAUCUCGGACUACGACCUAAUUGGUUAAUUUCUAGAACGUAUGUUCACUUUGUGUAUGUCGAUCGAUGUAUAUGUUAGUUGUCACACCGAUAAUCCGCCAAAUACAUUACACCUAACUCUGUAUACACUUCUACUAAUAUUAAACUAGAUACGCGUUAUAGCUAAUUAACAUAGACUAGUGAUAGCUGCGUUAUAGCUCCGCUGGCAGCCGCGCGGUAGGGCACUAUCGCGUUGUGUGUCUGCACGUGAGUUCGCAUAUCUCAAAACGUCUCGGCGACUCAGCCUGGUCCUGAGUCGGCCACUGCACGCUUUUGUUCUCUCGCUCACUCACCGCGGCGAUCCGUUCGGUCGGCUCGGCUUGCCUCGGCUCGGUUCGGCUCGGCUCGGCUCGGAUCGGUUCGGCUCGGCUCGACUCGGUUCGGCUCGGCUCGCUUGCAAUUGGAACGGGAACGAGCUUGUCAUAUUUGUUCGAAUAUUUUUAAUCUACGGUGUUAUUGAUUUGUUUUAUGACAAUUUUAUUUUAAUUUCGGUCUCUGUGCCAUUUAAGCAUCAAUUUUACUUAAACAAUACCAAGUAAUAAUAAAGUUUUUUUUUUCAAUAUUUAAGGAUCGAAAUAUGCAAAAUUUCGUUUCAAAAACUGUGUUUCCGUAAUUUUACAUGUAAUAUUUUGUACAUAGAUAUUAAUUUAUGUUUAAAUAAGUGUUAAUUGUUAGCUUUAAUAGUGAUUAGCUUUUAAUAAUGUAAUCCAAAAAUUCUUUAUGAUUAUACUUUACAUGUAAAUUGAAAAUACAUAUUUUAUCUUUAUUACAUCACCCUAACACGUUUUUUCUUGAUUAUUAAAUGCGUAAAUUAAUCAUAUUUACAAAAAACAAACUACAAAAUGAAUCUAUGCAAAAUCAAAAUGGCGGUAAAAAUGGCGCGAAAUGUUUGCACGUAAUCGACUAGAAAGAAGUUUCAGAACUUAUUUAAUGGUGCAUUCUGGAUUGAAGUAUGACAAGAUAAUUUUCGCAUUUGAUAAUUAACCAUCAUUAUAAUAUUAUUUUCGAAUACGCCUAACAUAAAAUUAAUAUUCGAUCAUCCGUAUAAGUUUUGUAGUCUACGGUUAAUAUAUGGAACUUCGUGUACAUUGUCUAUAUUUAUAAGUGGAAAAGAUUGUGUAACAAUAAAAUUUCAAGUACCUAUA